CUUCAACCUCCUCCUCCUUCUGUCUUGACACUUCUUCCACCCACACCCCCCGACCCUCCGGAAUAUCCCUUAUCUGAGUGUUGGGCAGGUUUUGCACUUCCCAGGACCCGAGUCCGUAGGGUCAGAGGCUCGAAGGGAUUUGUAAACUUGCGAUUAAGAUCGAGAACUUCUGCUUGGUAUUUAUAGGUCUAAUUCUCCUUCCAGGAUUACAACGAAACCCGACAUGCCUCUGAGAACACCUGCCCCCCUAAACAAGCGGAAAAAGCCCUCCAAGAUCAUCACCGACCUAUCGCAUAUCACUCAGAAUGAAUAUGAGUCAGAACCAGAGGCAUCGGAGUUCGACCUGGGAACGAAGAUCCGGACUCCCAGAGACAUCAUGCUGGAAGAGCUCUCCCUGAUGAAGAACAGAGGCUCAAAGAUGUUCAAGAUGAGGCAGCAGAGAGUGGAGAAGUUCAUCUACGAGAACAACCCCGAUAUCUUCAGCAGCGAGUCGCUGGACAGCCUCCAGAAGUUUGUACCCUCCCUGGGGGGUCAAAUGGGAGGUCAGACAAUAAACGUCGGUGGGCAUCAUGUCAGUAAAGAGUAUGGACAUAUGUAUUUAGGAGCAAUACCUGUAGGAGGGGCCCCUGUACCUCCGCCAAAGCCUGGAAGUAAAGGUGUUGGAGUGGGAGGAGCAGGCGGUGGGGUUGGAACUGAAGGUGCAGGUGGACAGGGUCGGGGAGACAGCCUGGGGAAAGCACAGGGGGCCGGCGAGUGGUCUUCACACAAAGUGGGUGGAAAAGCUGGUGAAUCCAACAAGCAGUUUCUUGUGAAAACGUACAUCUCACCAUGGGAGAAAGCCAUGAAGGGUGAUGAGAACCUGCUCUCCACCCUAAAACCAAUGAUGCCCGGUCCUAUUGACCAUAAGGAUUUGCCCAAGUACAAGUGCUUUAACAGGGCUGCCAUGCCUUUUGGGGGCUUUGAAAAGGCGAACCAGCUCAUGAAAUUCCAGUUGCCAGAAGCCCAGGCGACCAAAGAGGAGCCUGAACCCUCGGUGGUGUACCAGCACGACAUCGGCUGCCGGCCUUCCUUCAACCGCACUCCUAUUGGUUGGGUGGGAAGCAACGAGCCCAGCAGCAUUCACAUGGAGACCGAUGCUGUGCCGUUUGAUGGAGAGACGGACGAGCUGUAAAAACAAAUCCUGUGAUCACACUUAAUGUACAAGAAUACAUGCAAGCACAACUGUAUGUCACGAUACACACACGUCGGAUAGGUUGAUAUUUCUUAGUGGUACUGACACAUUUAAAAGUCUUAGUGGUGGUAACUGAAAGUGUACAUGAGUUGCUGUAAAAAUAAACAGAAUGGCAAAGGAAGAAGCAGCAAAUAUCACACUGAAACAAACCUUUUUGUUUAGUCACAGCUUUGGUUUGUGAGACACAUAAAUAAGUGUAAUAAAGAAAGUUUUGUCAAUAAGAAAAAUAAUAAAUUAUGCGUGAGAAUUAUAAAUGAAAUGUUACAGUUGUACAUGUUGUCUUAAUGUUACCUUUACGUUCAUGUUGUUAAAGAUUGAUUAUUUGUAAAAAGGUGAUGAAUCCCACACAAAUUUGUCUUAUUCAGUAUGCAUGUUGUUCCUUAUCCCUACAAAGCAUAUAGGAAAUAUAUAUUUUGCCAUAAUAAACUGACAUUAUUUUUGAAUGUA